AUUCAAAAGCUAUGUUUUUGGACAAAUUCUAGUGCGUAAAUUAAGAAAAAUCCACAGCAGUAAGUCAAAUAUCAACAAAAUGUAUUCCAGAAUUAAAAUAAGCAGCUGUCGCUGUGCUGGAGUGUUUUGUAGAUAUUUGAGUUCUGCAGAGAUUUCCACAGCCCUUAGACCAUUUUACUUCAGUGUGCAUCCAGACCUUUUUGGAAAAUAUCCAGCACAAAGGAAAGUAAAUGAAAAUUCCCUGCAACAAUUGAGUGCCUUGUUAGAGGCACAACAGUCUAGUCGAGGGAUUGCAGUACCUCCACUAUCAUUUUAUUUAAGACAAAAAGAUAUGCCGGAAGGUGAAUUUAAACAUGUGAAGAUCCAGCUGAAUGGGAAUAACGCCCGUGAAACAGUUGUGAAAGUUUUGAAUGCAUGUCAAAUGUCCACAACUUAUGUAGAUAAAAUACCUAGAAGUACAAUUACAAAUAAUCCCAGUAUAGACCAACAGUAUGCAGACUUUGCAAAAGCAUAUCAAGAAUAUAGCAGUGAAUUUGAGAAAGUGAAUAAAAUGAAGAGGAAAGUUGAAGAAAGAAAAGCAAUUCUUAAUGUUAUUGAAUGGGUAUAUGAUAACAGUAUGAUAGCAAAAGAAAAGUAUGAAUCAACAGAAGCUACAAGAGAUCAAGUUAAGACUCUAAUGGAACAUCUGUGCAAAACUUAUGGUAUUAAACAAGUUAAAUAUGAUAAUGGAUGGAAUAUAAGCCAUAUUCGUGGUGGUCUCCAAAGUUUGGUUUCACUGGCGGGUCAGCAUUCAAAAGUUAUGGCAAACUUAGAAGGCAGAACUAUAGCUUUAGGUCAAUUCACUGGCGUGAGUUUGGAUGGCGAUGUAUAUUUAAAUAUAAUCGACGUUAGAAACGAGUGGCUUUCGUUAAUCAAAAAAGUCAGUCAAGAAGAUAGUGCCUUGACAGCGAUACCCAACUAUGAAAAAGCGUUAUCAGGCGUUUUGCGAGAAAUACAUAUUUGUAGAAGAAAGUUCAUGCCUAAAGUAUCGGCCCACCAAUACUGCAACCACCUCCGGCAGUUGAUAACGUCGAUCGGCGACUACUACGGUCGAGGUAACAAGUUCCCAUCGCAUGUGCCGAGCUCUCUCAAGAAAUAUGAGAUCGUCGUCGAACCGGAAGCUGGUCCGCUAAUGGUGUCGCCCACUGGGCAAUUCAUCACCCCGUCAUCCUGUCCUGCGUCAGAACUCAUACCGUUCAUUUCCAAGAAUCUCGAUGAGGCCACAACUCUGAUGACCGAAUAUAGCAUAAACAAACAUGUCGAAAGAGCGCUCCAUAAGGAAGUGAAGGAAAGAUUCGGGCUUCUAGAACUCCACAAAGACGACAGCAUAACGCCCGGAUUGAUGAUCUCGUGUUGCCAAAGAUUGCUCACUCGAGUAGACAAAAUCGGCACGAUACUACAAGGCAACAUUUUGUACAUAACCCAUUACUACUCGGUACUAUCUGAUGGAGUGUUGUGCAUUCCUUGGGAUUUCAAAUAGUCUACAUUCUAUAAAUUGUGAUAUAAGUAGGUAAUAUUAUGAAAAAAAGUGUAAAAUAAAAUAUACAUAUGAACAUAAUGUUGUGUG